GGCCCUACUGUCUGAAAAAAUUAACAUAUUCAGAAAACCAUGUCAUGUUUCGUCGCGGUAUCAAGCUCCCCGGUCUUCUCUCCUUCCUCGUUUUUCUUCUGUAACAAAACCUCAAUCCUUUCUCCGUCAAUGGAAGCUCUUAAUUUGACUUUAACCCACCUCAAAUCCACAUCUUCUCCUUCUUCUCCGUCUCCGUCGUUUUCGCCUUCAUCGUCGUUUCGUAUAAGAAUUCAAAAAACGUCAUCUGGGUCACUUCUCUCAUCCUCAUCUCUGUCUUCUUUGGGUUCUGGUGCGGGUUUUGGUCCCGGGUCGGUUUUGAAGAGGAAGAGGCCGGGUAGACUGGAUAUACCGGUGGCGACUGCGAUGGCCUUUGUGGCUCCAUUGAUGGAGAGCCAGGGGUGUAGAGAGAUGGAGAGUGAAGGUGAUGGGUAUUCUGUUUAUUGUAACCAACUCAGCCAUGCUGGUCGCGCGAACCCAGCCUUGUUGGGUUUCGACGCUGGGUUCAUGUUUGUUCAUUUUUCUUUCUAUUUUCAUUUUUAGUUCUUGAUAAAUUUGAGAGUUGAUUUAUAAUUUGAUUGCAUUUUUCUUAGAAUUGGAUUAGAGUUUGAUUGUAUUUUUGUUGGAAUUGGAUUAGAAUUUGAAUGAUAUUGUUUAUUGAAGGGUUAAUUUGAUUUGAUGAGAUAUACUUGCUUGAUGAACUUAGUGGCUUUAAUGAAACUAGUAACUGAGU